CGUUUGUUAAGGGUGGAUGUGCGCGCUAUCACUCCCCACACGGGGGGGAGAAUUUCCAUAACUACCAUGUAUUUAUCUGUCUCGUAAAGCCAGUGAUACCGAGUGCGUUUAAGUGGUAAUCUCGCUAGCUACGAACCGCAGGACCGCGAGUGCGUAAGAUUAAUAGAAAAAAAGAACGUACGCUUUUGAAAUGCUUGAUAUGGUCUUUAAAGUCUUAUAUGUACAUGUAUAUACGCUUGAUUAUAACGCAUAUUAAUGAAACCUUCUUUUAUGGAAAUGAUCAAUGGAUGAACACAUGAAGUGGGUUGUAAUAAUUCGAGUAAAUAGAACCUGGGAAAGAUAAAUCGAGAAAAAAAAUAAGAAUGCAUAGAUUGUAAACCUUGACUUGACUGAGAGUGAGGGAGAGAGAGAGAGAGCAAGUGAUGUUUUCUUUUUAUCUAUGUUUAACGAGGCCUCCAGUACUUGAGGAGCCAUUAAGUGAACCACAUCGUCAUCGUCAUCAUUGUCAGUAUCAUAGCUGGUAGCUUAACUGACGUGUACACCUGACGACGAGGGAGAGCAAGCAAGAGAGAGAGAGAGAGAGUGAGAGAAAGGUGGCACAAGAACCCCAAACUCUCUCUCCGGAAGACAAGGAUGAACCCAACCAGGUUGACGAGUUAUGGAGGGAUGACGCUCAUGGCUACACGGUGAUUACGACUUGUGGAGACGUCUGAAACCAUCCACGAGAUAAAGAGAUAAAGAGAGAAAAGAGAGAGAAAAGGUAAGACUAGCCAGUAGAUAAAUUGGCUUUACCUCAGAGGAUCAACUUUCUUCCCAUCGUCCGAGACCAGAUCACACAAGAUCUAAACAAACGAUCUCUCACGCUCCCAGGGUCGUCUAUCUCCACACACUGACUUGAUCUGAGGAAAAAUGAAGGACCCUAAGCUAGACAAGUAUCAUUUGUUUUUAUCUUCCGCGCGUCUGACCGCUACCGCCGCAGCCGCCUCCACUAUUACUACUACUAGGGAAAGCGACAGUUACUCUCUUCCCUCUUCUGUUGCUACGAUGUCGAAGGGAAGUACCGCCAAUAGGUGUUCAUCUUCCUUCUCUGUUACCACCACGUCGAAAGGAAGUGCCAAGAACACUACUUUCUCCUUCGUGGCACUAGUGAUGGUUCCCUUGGCACUCAUCCUGACCGUCAUGACGCUUCAGGUAGAAGCUCAGAGCCCCUCAUCAUCAGCCUCUUCCUCCUCCUCCUCCUCCUCUUCCUUUUCCUCCUCCUCUACCUCCUCAUCUUCCUCCGCCCCCUCCAAGGUGGUAUCGUCGUCGGAGACUCACGGAACUUCAAACUACCACCACCACAACAAGCGUGACGAUCACUGGUACGGCGACCUCAACGACCAGCCGCCGCAGCUCAGGAUCGAGUCGAGCGUCCGCACCAUCCCGAGUCAGACGUCAGGGUGGAGGAGCGACAUCAAGAACCCUUACAACGGGAAUUUCCGCAGCGCCAAGUGGAUGGAGACAGUCCGGACUACCCAUAAUUCCCCCGCAAAAACUGUCUCCGAGCAAGAUGAGUCCAUGGUCUCCGGGGAAGAGGAGGAAGAUCUCACGGACCGAAGGAAACGGACCAAGACGGAGAAGUCAUCGACGGAGAGCACCUGGGAGGGGAGCACCCGUCUGACCCUGGUGGACGGGGGCUACGAGGGGCUGGUGGUCGACGUCAGCAGCAAGGUGCCGCAGGACGACUGUCGCACCGUCAUCGAUGGCUUACAGGUGAGUACAGGCGUCCCUUAA